UUUGCCUUCCUCCCUCCUGAGUCUGAGUUCCGCCUCCACCAGCAGCAUGAGCCGCCAGUUCACCUGCAAGUCGGGAGCUGCCACCAAGGGGGGCUUCAGUGGCUGCUCCGCUGUGCUCUCAGGGGGCAGCUCGCCCUCCUUCCGGGCAGGGGGCAAAGGGCUCAGCGGGGGCUUUGGGAGUCGGAGCCUCUACAGCCUGGGGGGCUCCCGGGGCAUCUCCUUCAACGUGGCCAGUGGCAGCGGGAAGAGUGGAGGUUAUGGAUUUGGCCGGGGCCGGGCCAGCGGUUUUGCUGGCAGCAUGUUUGGCAGUGUGGUCUUGGGACCUGUGUGCCCAACUGUGUGCCCGCCUGGAGGCAUCCACCAGGUCACUGUCAAUGAGAGCCUCUUGGCCCCCCUCAAUGUGGAGCUGGACCCUGAGAUCCAGAAAGUGCGUGCCCAGGAGCGGGAGCAGAUCAAGGUGCUGAACAACAAGUUUGCCUCCUUCAUCGACAAGGUGCGGUUCCUGGAGCAGCAGAACCAGGUGCUGGAGACCAAGUGGGAGCUGCUGCAGCAGCUGGACCUGAACAACUGCAAGAACAACCUGGAGCCCGUCCUAGAGGGCUACAUCAGCAGCCUGCGGAAGCAGCUGGAGACGCUGUCGGGGGACAGGGUGAGGCUGGACUCGGAGCUGAGGAGCGUGCGGGACGUGGUGGAGGACUACAAGAAGAGGUAUGAGGAAGAAAUCAACAGGCGGACAGCUGCAGAGAACGAGUUUGUGCUGCUCAAGAAGGACGUGGACGCAGCUUAUGCCAAUAAGGUGGAGCUGCAAGCCAAGGUGGACUCCAUGGACCAGGAGAUCAAGUUCUUCAAGUGUCUCUUUGAAGCCGAGAUCACUCAGAUCCAGUCCCACAUCAGCGACAUGUCUGUCAUCCUGUCCAUGGACAACAACCGGGACCUGAACCUGGACAGCAUCAUAGACGAGGUUCGGGCCCAGUACGAGGAGAUUGCCCACAAGAGCAAGGCCGAGGCCGAGGCCCUGUACCAGACCAAGUUCCAGGAACUGCAGCUGGCAGCUGGCCGGCAUGGGGACGACCUGAAAAACACCAAGAAUGAAAUCUCGGAGCUCACCCGGCUCAUCCAGAGAAUCCGCUCAGAGAUUGAGAAUGUGAAGAAGCAGGCUUCCAACCUGGAGACGGCCAUCGCCGAUGCCGAGCAGCGGGGGGACAAUGCCCUGAAAGACGCCCGGGCCAAGCUGGACGAGCUGGAGGCUGCCCUGCACCAGGGCAAGGAGGAGCUGGCCCGGAUGCUGCGUGAGUACCAGGAGCUCAUGAGCCUGAAGCUGGCCCUGGAUAUGGAGAUCGCCACCUACCGCAAGCUGCUGGAGAGCGAGGAGUGCCGGAUGUCAGGAGAAUAUCCUUCCCCUGUCAGCAUCUCCAUCAUCAGCAGCACCAGUGGCAGCAGUGGCUAUGGCUUCCGGCCCAGCUCCGUCAGUGGCGGCUACGUGGCCAGCAGCGGCAGCUGUAUCUCUGGAGUGUGCAGCGUCCGUGGAGGGGAUGCCCGGAGCCGGGGCAGCACCAGUGACUACAAGGAUACCCUGGGGAAGGGCUCCAGCCUGAGCGCCCCCUCCAAGAAAGCCAGUCGGUAGAGAGGGCUGCCCAUGCCCUCCUGCCACCCCUGUGUCCCCAGCAGGGGCUCUGGCUCCCACACGUGCUCUGCCCAGCCCACUGUCAGCCCCACCCCCACCCUGCUGGCCCUGCUUUUGUACCCCAGGCUCUGGCCUUGGCCACCUCACUUCUCCCAACCUGUGUCUUCCGGAGCCUGGACAGGUGUGGACGACUAACCCUGUGAAAUUCCUCCCUGCACACGCCUGGCAUCCUUGGCUGUGGUCCCCCAGCCAUGCCGUCAGCUCAGACCCUGGUUCCGGGCUCUGGCCCAGCCUCCAACUACUCUGUCUGGGCCCUGGAUCUCAGACCAAGGCCCCUCUCACACUGGGACCUUUAUCCCGGAACCUGACUGCGCUAGGAGCUGUCUCUCUGUCCAAGAAAAGGAGGACUAAAGGACAAACAACUGAGAGGCCUAGUCCCCACCUAACCCGCUCAGACUCGCAACUCAUUCUGAAUGAAACCAAGCACAGUGCAGCGUCUCUCUUCACUCUCUGCGCCCAGAAGCAGAGAGGAGGAGGCCCGUUCACUUCUUUCUUCUCAUAGGCCCUCCCACUGCAUCCUCAAUAAACAGCACAAUCUGA